AUGCAGAACAACUCCGACAUUGGAUUAAUGGUACGAGAUGAAAACUUGAUGAUUCUACGAGAAAUUGUAUUUGGAGCCAUUGGAUGGUUUCCAAUCUCUGGCACUCUUUAUCCGGUUUAUGCCACAACUAUUCAAGUAUCUGGAAAAGGGAAGAAAACUCUUCCAGAUUUUUAUCCUUCCAUAACCGGUGCAUAUUUGAUUGCACUCACUUAUCAGGAUCAUGUUCCUGACAACUCGUUCCGAAACUUCAAUUUGCAUUUUGUCAAUCCUGGAGAUUCCGGAAAUUUCAAAGGCUAUCAAGACGGUUCUUCUGAUUUAUGGGUAAUUUUUAAAAAUCAUUCCAUUCGAAAAUUUAUGAUUUCACAGGACGACGGAAACUAUAUAGCUCAAUCGUUUUGGUUUUUGAAUCUCGAUUACAAGAUGACACUGAAUUACAAUUAUAUGGGCCAAGAUGUGCAGAAUCUCCAAAUUCGAAUUUACAGUCCAUUCGCAACCAACAACUGGCUACCAUACAAUGAUUAG